AUGUAUCGUCAAUUAUUUCGUCAUAUAACAAGUAAACCAACAAAUAAUUUAUUUCAAUCUCUUAUACGUAAUACACAUCAUCUAAGUCCGUUUCCAAUGAUAGCAAAACAAGCACCUGAAUUUAAAGGUCAAGCUGUAAUUAAUGGUCAUUUUAAAAAUAUUGAAUUAUCUGAUUAUAAAGGAAAAUAUGUUGUACUUUUUUUCUAUCCAUUGGAUUUUACAUUUGUUUGUCCAACAGAACUUAUUGCAUUCAAUGAAAAAUUAGAUGAAUUUCGUCAACUUGAUACUGAAAUUAUUGGUUGUAGUACUGAUUCAGUAUAUAGUCAUCUUGCUUGGAUUAAUACACCAAGAAAACAAGGUGGUCUUGGUGGACUUAAAUAUCCAUUAUUAAGUGAUUUUUCAAAAGAAAUAUCACGACGUUAUGGUGUUUUACUUGAUGAUAAUGGUGGUAUUGCAUUACGUGGUUUAUUUAUUAUUGAUCCAGAACAAAAUUUAAGACAAAUAACAAUAAAUGAUUUACCUGUUGGUCGAUCAGUUGAUGAAAUUCUUCGUCUUGUAAAAGCAUUUCAAUUUGUUGAUAAACAUGGUGAAGUAUGUCCAGCUAAUUGGCAUGAAAAAACAAAUCCAAAUACAAUUAAACCUGAUCCAAUUCAAUCGAAAGAAUAUUUUGAAAAACAAAAAUAA